UUCAAAAUUAUAAGUCUUUUAUCUUUUUAUUUAUGAUGGUCCAAGAGUUGCAAACGUUAGUGAAUAAUUUAAAAGAAAACCCUCAUACGUAUAUCGAGAGGUUGGUAACUGCAGAAGAAGUUACAAGCAUACUGCAUGAAGUUGGAAAAUUUAUUAAAGAAAAUCUACAGAAAAAUAACACAGUUGUGAUUAAUGGAAUUGGAACAUUUGGAUUAAAGCAAGAAAAACUAUUAGUUUCCCAACAACCAGUAAAGUACCUCAUAAGUCAAAUUCCUGUUUUUGUUCUUUCUCAUAGCUUGGCGCUUAAAUUUCGUAUAAAGUGGUCCAGAAAAUAUUAUGAAGCCUCGUUCCCAGAGAGGGUUUUCAACUCAAGCUACAUCGCAGCAAAAUGCAAAAUACAGAGAUCAAAGGUCUGUCUGGCUAUGUCGGAAUUAAUUGCAUUCAUGGAACGCAGUCUUUUCUGUCAGAACGCUCUGGAACUCCCCAUUGUUGGCGUUGGAACGCUGAGAGUACACGAAGAUCAUUACAAAAUGGAUUUUGAUGAAAGCUUUUUGAAAGAUGUCUCAAUACAAGAUGUCCUUUACGUUGUUGAAUGAUUUAGAAGCUUUUUCACUAUUUCACUACCUAGUCUUUGGAAUCUAUCAGAUCGAGAUUUAUCUAA